AUUUUUAUAUUGUUACGAAUAUAUCUAAAAAUAUGGAAUUUAAGUAGAAAUUUAUUUUAUCUACUAAGUAUUAUAACAAGUAUUCUUUAAAUAUUCAAUAAAUGCCGCAGACACGGAGUGCUUGGAGGUUAGUCGUAAAAAUUGGUAAAAAAGAAUAAUGAAGAUCUAUCAGACUAACUCCCAUUAAAUAGAUAGCAUACGAAAUAAAGCAUGAAUAAAAUUACUGUUCGUUAAGGGGCUGAAUGUUUUCAUUUGGAGAGGGGUUCGAAUCGCAUUUCGAUUCAUAGCCGAUACGAUGACUCCUUGAUGGUUUCUACUUUUUCUAUCGGGUAAAAUGGUCUCGUUAAGUUCAAGUAUCCUUACCAAGACAAUGAAGUAGGGUCGCUCGUUACGACGAUUAAUUCAAGUCUAGUCAAGCAUUUGUAUAAUACAAUCAAACCAUUGUAAACGUAAAUGUUUUUGCACAUUUUUAACGAAUGGAAAUAUGUCAAUGAUAUGUUUGAAAAUAUUAGGUUGUCAGAAAAGUUUCUUUCGUUUCAUAAGGUGAUAUUAGAUGAACAACAAUUUCUGUUUUACAUUAUUUUAUUGAAUUAGGUAUGAUCCAUUUCGUUAUAUUUCUAUUAUUACGUUCGUGCAUAAUUCGAUAAACUAAUAUGAAACAAAAAACAUUGUGCGUCUAUUAUUUCCUUAUAAAACGAAAGAAACUUUUCGUACAACCUGAUAUAUUCCAAUAAGGUGGGUGGAACAACUGACCACCAGAUGACAGUAGAGACUAUUUUUCAAAUAUUUUGAUAGAAUUUAAUUUAAUUUCUAACCUAUUUCGAGAAUUAUUUCUAAUACAAAUAAUAUGAAUGUCAGAAGAAAAAAAAGGUAACAUGAUAAAUACAAUUUUAAGGUAAAGUAACAUCUAAUGAGAACAAAUUGAAUAAAAUUCUAGAACUUCAUAAAUCGAUUUUAGAUAAACGAGAGUAAUAUAGUAACUUUAAAUGAAAUAGACAAGAUGAUGAAGGUUGAAGCACAACUCUGAACAUGUCUUCAAGAUUAAUGAUAGAAGUUUUUAAUCAAAGUAAAACUUUAUUUAAAGUGAUGUUUCUUAAAGAUGAUUAUAAUAGAGCAUAUCAAACGAAACUAAGCUUAAUUAACAUUUCAUAUUGUGAUAGAUACUUCACAACGGAUAUUUCUUAUAAUUUAUAACGAAGAAGGAGAUAGUGAUUAAAAGUUGAGCAAGUAUUUUAUUAGAAGCUGCAAGCGUUGGGCGUUACACGUAAUUUCGUGGACCGAGAAUCUUUUAAAAUGAUGAAAUGAACGGUAUCCAGAUCGAUCGGCGCAGGUAUACCUAUUAUGGAUAUUGACCUGAAUAUCGAGCACCAUUAAGUGGGGUUUGUCCUGACUUCAUUGAAUAAACACACCUUUGUUAAAUUACCGAUAUGCUUUCGAGAUAAAAGUUCUCCCGAUCCAGCGACUGCUGUCUAAACAAUUAAGCCAUGAAUACACAUUGGAAAAAUUAUUCUGAAGCUUAUACAAGAUACAAGGAUAUAGGACUUGGAAUUAUUUGCGAUAAAAUUAUUGGAAAAACAUCUUGCAGCUUAAGUUGACCGAGUGAAGGAAGUGCACAAACAAGAAUUGUCAGAAAAACCGCAAACGUUGUAAUUCCAUAUAAGCACGUGUGAAUCAUGAGUCGAACUAGUGACAAAUUAUGGCGUCAUCUUGGUACCAGAAUUUGCUGAAUAAAAUUAAAAGAACAUAGAUCAAAGAAUCAAUAUUAUUGAAUAUUUUUAGAAAUAUAACUUUUGAAUGUACGCUAAUAAUGUCACUAUUGGCUGUCAUAAAUUUCAUCGACAUGAUAGUCCUUUAAUAUUAAUAGCGAUAACUUUUUAUCGAACCGAUCUCAUUGAUGUCGAAUUACGGAGAAAAUUAUAACGAUCGACAGAGUUAAAUAAUGCCCACCAUUAAUAUUUAUGUCAAUCCGAAAGUAAAAUAGCAAAGUCAUCGUGCCGCAGUGAAAGAUGAUCGAUAUUUCCUCUUGGAUACUUUACAUUAAUAUAUUCUAAGAUGAAAUCGUGAUUUACGGAUGGAAAUAGCAUUAAGAAGAAGAACGAAGAAAAUGUAAAUGUUGACAAAAAGAGAACUAUCCUCUAUUAUAAUCUUCUUCUACGUGAAAUGUUGUGAUAGAAAAUAUGGAAGAUAUUUAUGAUAUUCGAAGAACGCCUGGGAAACGACAUAGUAUGUGAUCUACGAUUCAACAACAUAGCCGAGAUACGACCUGGCUCCUUCCACAGUCUAUCCAACUUACACACGCUUCUAUUGAACGAUAAUCGCAUCAAACACCUCUUACCAAGAACCUUCGAAGGUGCAUCAAACUUAAGGAUCCUCUAUCUAUAUAAGAAUCGUUUGGAACGAAUUUCACCAGGGGCAUUUUCCGGCCUGCCAAACUUAGAACAACUAUAUCUACAUUUCAACCAUCUGAAAGAAAUUAGAAAGGGCACAUUCAAUGAUUUGCCAUCGUUGGAGAGACUUUUCUUGCAUAGCAACCUACUGCAUCACCUACCAGCGGACGCUUUUCACAAUGUGGGACCCAUGACACGUCUUCGUUUAGAUAGCAAUGCUCUCGUUUGCGACUGUAAUUUGGUCUGGCUGGUGCAGAGGCUUCAAAACAAACCAUCAGAGAUGGCAGCCUUUUGCCAGUCGCCCAAUGAGAUGAAGGGAAGAUCGUUGACAAGCAUGUCGAUGAACGAUUUUCAUUGCACUGAGCCACGCAUAAUGAACGGUCCCCAGGAUGUAGAGGUCAGGCUGGGAGGGACCAUCAGCUUCACCUGCGAGGUAAUAGGAGACCCGAUACCGGAAAUCAAGUGGAUGCGGGACUCUAAUGAAGUAUCCGCCGAUGGGAACCGUUAUGUGAUCGAGGAUGAUGGAACAUUAAUAAUAUCAGAUGUAACGGAACAAGACACUGGUGAAUACGAAUGCAUGGCCAAGAGCGAAAUGGGCUUCACGAAAUCAAGAAAGGCCAGAGCAGUAAUCACAGUAUCACCAUCCUUAAGAUUUACCGAGUUGCCUGAGUCACAAACUGUCCAAGUUGGAGUAGAUGCUUCUUUUAUCUGUAAAGUGGAUGGUCGUCCUGCACCAACUAUUCAGUGGUGGAGAAAUGGUCAAAUGUUAGACGUUGGUGGUCGUAUCGCCAUAGAAGACGAAGGAAGUUUGUUGAAAAUAUUUGCUGUAAAAGAAUCAGACUCAGCUAGAUACGUUUGCCAAGCGAAAAACUCUAAUGGAUACGCUGAAACAAGCGCGGAUCUGAGGGUAGUAGAUGAGUCUUAUAGUCCUCCUAAGCUAACGUAUGAGCCACACGAUAUGGAAGCGGAAUCUGGAGCCAUUAUAGAGAUCCCCUGCAGAGUAGAAGGCUUUCCUAAACCCGUGAUACAGUGGAAGAAGGAUGGUACAGCUGUCGAAGGGUCUAGAUUUCGUGUAUCGCGCGGGGGGAGCUUGUAUCUUUAUAAUGUUACUGCUGCCGAUACUGGAAGAUAUGAAUGCUCCGCCGUGAACCAAUAUGGUCGAGCAACCGCCCAGGCGUUGGUACGCGUUCGCCAGCCCGAGGCAGCAGAUGUUCUUGUGAUCAGAGCCUUCAAAGAUGCAACCGAGGAGAUCGAUCGAGCCAUAAAUAACACGCUGAUAGAUCUUCUUAGCGGAUCUGCGCGGACGAAUCCACUGAGACUCGCGCGUUUCCCAGAUGCAGUCGGCCGCGCAGCUGCCAGACCUGCUGAAAUUUUCGAAAGAACGCUCGUAAAUAUACGACGAAUGGUAAACUCUGGCCUGAGUGCGAACACCAGCACUGAAUUCCGAUAUGAGGAAAUUCUAACGGCGGAACAGGUUAGAGAAAUCGAAAGGUUAUCUGGAUGCACAGGCCACAGACACCGUCAGAAUUGCACAAACAUGUGCUAUCACAAUAAGUACCGUAACAUAGAUGGCAGCUGCAACAAUUUACGACAUCCAACCUGGGGUUCUUCCUAUACUGGAUUCCGUAGAGUUUUACAACCAAUUUACGAGAAUGGAUUUUCAUCACCAGUCGGUUGGGAAAGAAAUCGCCGUUACUAUGGAUAUCCGAAACCUUCCGCGCGUCUAGUUUCCACAACGCUAAUAACCACUCAUAACGUAACUUCAGAUAGUGGAAUCACGCAUAUGGUAAUGCAGUGGGGUCAGUUCAUGGAUCAUGACUUAGAUCACGCUCUUCCAUCAGUUUCUAGCGAAUCAUGGGAUGGCAUAGAUUGUAAAAAGUCUUGUGACAAUGCUGCACCUUGCUUCCCCAUGGAUGUUCCACCCGGUGACCCUAGAGUCAAUAAUAGAAGGUGCAUUGAUUUUAUCAGAACGAGUGCAGUUUGCGGUUCUGGUGCAACCAGUUUAUUAUGGGGCAGUCUCACUCCUCGAGAACAAUUAAAUCAGCUAACCAGCUACAUGGAUGCCUCUCAAGUAUAUGGUUACGACGAUACCUUAGCCAGAGAUCUCCGUGACUUGACCACAGAUCAUGGUCUGUUGCGAGAAGGGCCAGCAAUUCCUGGCCAUAAACCUCUUCUGCCAUACGCUAACGGUCAAUUCGUCGAUUGCAGGAGAAAUCCUGUAGAAAGUUCGAUCAAUUGCUUCGUAGCCGGAGAUAUCAGAGCCAAUGAACAAGUGGGCCUUCUAGCAAUGCACACGAUAUGGUUACGCGAACAUAAUCGCAUAGCUCGCUUUUUACGUGAUAUGAACCCUCAAUGGAAUGGGGAAAAAUUGUAUCAAGAAGCUAGGAAGAUCGUAGGUGCAGAGAUGCAACAUAUUACAUAUCAAUACUGGAUGCCUCAUGUAUUUGGUAGAACUGUAGAAGAACUUUUAGGUUCGUAUCGAGGUUAUGAUCCUAACCUCGAUGCUAGUAUCUCCAAUGUUUUUGCUACCGCAGCUUUAAGAUUCGGUCAUACAUUGAUUCAACCUCAGUUGCAGCGUCUUAACGAAUCUUUUCAACCGAUUCCCCAGGGUCCUCUUAAGCUAAGAGACGCCUUCUUUUCGCCAUGGAGAUUGGUCGAGGAAGGCGGCGUGGACCCUCUUAUGAGAGGAAUGUUUGGCACUGCCGCAAAAUUGAAAUUACCCGAAGAAAAUUUGAACUCAGAACUGACGGAACAAUUAUUCCAUACUGCCCAUGCGGUGGCUUUAGAUUUAGCUGCGAUGAAUAUCCAGCGGGGCAGAGAUCAUGCACUGCCAGGUUAUUUAGAAUGGCGACGAUUCUGCAAUAUGUCUUACGUUGAAACUUUCGAGGAUCUAGCCGGUGAAAUUCGCAGCGCUAGGGUUAGACAAAAAUUAAGAGAACUGUACGGUCAUCCUGGGAACAUAGAUGUCUGGGUUGGUGGAGUACUGGAGGAUCAACUGCCUAAUGCCAAACUAGGACCACUCUUCCAAUGUAUUUUGUUAGAGCAAUUUAAACGUACUAGAAAUGGCGACAGAUUUUGGUAUGAGAGUCCGACUGUUUUUAAACCAGAACAACUCGCACAGAUAAAACAAACGAGCUUAGCUAGGAUCCUAUGCGAUAAUGGCGACAAUAUUAACAGAAUUCAACCGAAUGUGUUCUUACUGCCCGAAGGUGAUAAUAAGUUCGUCACCUGCGAUGAGAUUCCAUAUGUAGACUUAAGAGUUUGGUCCGAAUGUUGCGAUGGAUGUGAAGAUCAGAGUAACACAAUUUCGAGAUUCAGACGUAGCGCAGCCAAAUAUUUGCCAUCGCAAAAUAGUUUCUCUCUGAAGGAUACAAAUACACAGAGCCAGAGUGAAAAAACAGAAUAUUUAGAGAGAACAAUCGAAGAAACCGAGCAGGAGUUUAGGAAGGUUAUAGAUCUUGUAGAAUCCUUGUCUCAUAAGAUAAAAGAACUGAGAUCACUUUUAGAGGACGUGAAGAAAUCGAAGUAGAACAAUAGACGAUGUACCAUUGUUCCAACGCGCGUCCAAUUUAUCUUAAAUUCGCUUCGUAUUAGAUAUUCAUUAACGUUUCACGUUUAUUACUGUACAUACACGAAGUAUAGAAGCCCAAUUGGGUUUAUUAGGAGAUUAGCUGUUUAUUGCUCUCCUGUCAGAUUCGAAUUCGUUAUUUAGAUAUCUGUUAUUAUCUCUAGUCUCAUAUUUGAUACAUUAAUGGUACUAAAAAGAGCUUAAUGAUAUUUAUAGAAGCAAUAAUAGAGCUUAAAUCGCACUGUUGUCGAUCUCCCACUUUUAUCAUUUUUGAAGCUGCAGAGAGUCACAUAUUGCUUUAAUGGCAUAAUAUAGAUACAUUUCAGAAUUGACAUAAGUAAAACGAUAAAAAUAUUUUAAUUGUAUCCUAUGCAAUAACAUUUUUCUUUUUUAGCAAUGAAAAGAUUUACAUAUCACCUUGCCCUCUUUCCUUUUACGUAGAUAAUACGUAACUAUCGUAUCAACUAGCUAUUAAUGAUAUGCACAAAAUAAUUUUAUUAACAAGUUCUAUAUUUAACACAAAGUUUAAAGGAAAACGAACCAUAAAUACAUUUACUACUUAAUAUGUACAGUUUUGAUAUUGAUUACUGUUAUGUUGAACGCUUACAUUUCUAUGAUCAUGUGCCAUGUGUUUGUUUUAUAUUAUGUACAUGUUAGCUCCUAGCAAAUUUGUAGGAGUAUUGUAGAAAGUGUUUAUUGAUUCAUUUCAGAAAGAUCUAAAUUUUUGGAAAUAUGUAUUAAAUAGAAAUAUUCAAUGAAAACUAAGGAUAGAUCAAUGUUUGAAGGAUAUCAUAAUGCAGCAUCCAGUAAAGAAAUUGUAUUCACUUGUGUAGCUAUAUAAACAUAUACACACUAUAUACACAUUGAAACAUUACUGGAACAUAUUCAGGUUUUAUAAUAUAUCCAUGUACUAAAGUAUUCUGUUCAUUAAAUAUUAACACUAUACAACAAUA